UCAAUAGUUUAAUAGUCACCGAUUGAAAUAUUAGCGCAUGCGCAAUGCGUCAAAAACACCCAAAUUCUGUUAGAACUAUUCUCAAUUUUAGCUCAUAUUUUAGGCUUAAUUUUGAACUGAUUUGUCAGCCGAGCUUAUCAAUGUAAAGCCAAAAUGCCAAAUUUACUUCCAGUUUUGAAGAACUUACGUCAUUUAUAAAAUGGAUGCCUCAACCGACUUGGAUGUGUCAGCUCUGAGACAGAUAAAAACUCAAAUGUCUGAGAGCGGUCAAUCAGAUGCAGGCAGUAGCCAUGGUAAAGGGUCCGGGGCUGUUCCUAAGGACCGAGAACGCAAGAUUGGACAUCGCAGAUACAAUGAAAAGACAGGACUUGUUACAUAUAAAAAGAAACCUACGAGUGAGCUGCAGGCUGCCAUACAGUUAGGGAUUGGGCAGAGUGUGGGAGGUUUGUCUGCGAAAGCUGAGAGGGAUUUGCUCAUGCAGGAUUUCGGAGUUGUUCAGAGUGUUUUCUUUCCUGGCGAAGGCAGCAACAUGACCCCUGCACAUCAUUACAGUGACUUUCGCUUCAAGACGUACGCUCCGAUGGCCUUUCGAUACUUUCGGGAGCUGUUCAAUAUAAGACCUGAUGACUUUAUGUUGUCGCUAUGUGAUGAUCCCAUGACGGAGCUUACAAAUCCGGGUGCCGGCGGAAGUAUAUUCUACAUCUCCGCGGAUGAUGAGUUUAUAAUCAAAACUGCCCAGCAUAAAGAGGCCAACUUCCUUCAAAAGUUGCUUCCUGGGUAUUAUAUGAAUCUUAACCAGAAUCCAAGAACAUUGCUACCAAAAUUCUAUGGUCUUUACUGUUACCAGUGUGGUGGCAAGAAUAUCCGGUUUGUGGUUAUGAACAAUAUGCUCCCUUCUGUAGUGAAAAUGCAUGAGAAAUAUGAUUUGAAAGGAAGCACAUACAAGAGAAAGGCUUCCAAAAGUGAACGGAACAAGAAAUCUCCCACUUGGAAGGAUUUGGAUUUCAUGGAAUUACAUCCAGAUGGCCUGAUGUUGGAAAAAGACACCUACGAUGCCCUCGUUAAAACCAUACAGAGGGAUUGUAGAGUGUUGGAGAGUUUUAAGAUCAUGGACUACAGUUUGCUGGUGGGAAUUCACAACCUGGAUAUCGCCAAGAAAGAAGCAGCUGCAUCUGCUCACAACAGAACCGACCUCAACACAACGGGAUUUAACACCAUGGGCGGUGGCCUGUCCUCAUCACAGGGAACCAGCGCCAGUGAAGUGCAUGACGCCGGUAAAAACAAAGGAUUAGCUAGAGGGAAGUCGAUGCGUACCAAAGUGACCCAGUAUUCCACACCAAUGGAGUCUAUACAAGCAGAAGUUCGCGAUAUUCUAGAGGAAUUUGAUGACGAUGACAUUCCACCCGGUGGCAUACCAGCCAAGAACUCCCGAGGCGAGAGGUUACUUCUAUACCUGGGAAUUAUUGACAUUCUGCAGUGUUAUAGAUUCAGAAAGAAGGCUGAACACACAUUUAAACGGAUGAUAACGGAUGGGGAUACAGUUUCUGUGACGCGGCCCAGUUUUUACUCCGAGAGGUUUCAAAAGUUUUUUACGAAUACCGUGUUUAAAAAGGCUCCAUCCCGGUUUGGAUGGAUGGGUAUUGGAAGAUUUUCACACCAUGCAGCAUUGAAACAUUCCCCAUCCAAACGUAAACCUGGUGACAGAGGUCCAAGAACUCAAAGCAUGAACGAUGCUGACACUUCAAAGGAUUCCCAUGUCACAGGAACCAUGGGAGCUAGGCCAGACAUACUUAUGGGAAGUUCUACGCCUCCUCCUCCGUUUUCAGAGGCUGUUGCAGGAGCAAGGCCUAGAACACACACCUCCCCGAUUCGUGCGGACAUUGAAAUGUCCAGGUCAGAUAGAACAGACCAAAAUGUGUUUCGAACAAUUCCUCAACAGGAGACACAUAUACAGACAAUGAGCAAUAUAAAAGUUCGGCAUUCCCCCAUCAGUGUAUCAGACUCCACACCAACUUACACCGAAUUUACUGAAGGGACACCAAGCUAUACCCCAUCUAGUCCAAGCUGUUCUAGCGAUGUGCUUGACACCAAUAUCCCUAACCUCCCCAUAGACUCUGCGACUCCCUCAGCCUCCCCUUCUGUAACCAGUUCCCCAUCCAAAAUGGCUGCAAGCAGUUGGACCGAUGCUUCCUUCUAUAGCACUGUGUCCAACUUUGACAGCGGUCAGUCGUCAAGGUCUGACGAGAGGGUAAUUACUCCGUCUGAUGUAACCACAACCAUGGACAGCAGUAGUGACACCAUUACUGUCGAAAAUAGCGAACAAAAGAUAAAAACCACUAUAGAAAUAAAGCCACCCACACAACAUCGUGGAUCAAACAUCGUCAGCAAUAGUUUUGAACAAAUUGAAACAGACUCAGAAGUGACGCAUAGGUAUUCGGACACUUCGUACGGGUCAUCCUCUGUUGUUACCAGUGCAGAUGGAGAUUAUUCAGCAUCUGUUGAAGGGUCAGACUUGACUGAAAAAGGCGGGAAAAGUGAAGAUCAGACUGACAGUGGGAAAAAAGUAAACAAACGUGAAUUGCUAGCUGAUGAUGGGGAAAAUAUAGGAAAUGUUAAUAAAGGUGAUAUUAGGAGAGGAUCGAAGAAGACAGAAACAGGAAGUCAGAAUUAUGAUGAAGCUGAAAACGAGGUUGAAGAAUCCAAUUAAUUGAAAAGAAAUGUCCAGCUUGAAUUCAUGACAUACUUAUGAGGAGGUACUAUACUCACUUUAAAGAAUUCCAUUGGCUGAGGGUGUAUGCGAGAAGCAUUUGGAUUGGACAAUGUGUAUCUGAAUUUUAUUGGAUGAGAGUUUAGAAGAUAUUUGCAUUGCAUAAGACAUUACAGCCAACCAUUGUGUAAACAUGCAUUUGAAUUAAUGAGGGAUUAGUGUUUAUUACCAUUGGAUAAAAAAUAGCCAAUCAUCUCGUAACUGUAUUUAAUUGGGUGAGGAUUUAGUGUACAUUUCCAUUGGAUAAGACAUUAACCAAUCAUUUGAUGUAUUAGAAUAUUACGAAACAAUUGAAAUCAUGUAGUAUGUCUUUAGUACAAUCAGUUGACCUGAUUCACUUGUGAUUUUAUAUUUAUUCAAUUAUUGUAUUAUGAAAAGAUACCGGUAGUGUAUAUAAAUGUCCCUAAAUAAUCACAUUAAUUGAACCAUCAUGGAUAAAACUGAAAAUGUUUUAAUACAUUGUUUAUUUUAAUUAAAUGUAUAUUGCGUGGAACUGUACACAAGGAAAAUGUAUUUAAAGGCCAUAAUUAAGGAAGCUGUGUUGUGUUUUUUUAUAACAAAUCAAAGUAGUGCCAUCAAGAUUUAUUAAUUAGUUUCAACAUUUGAGAAAUCAGAUUCAUAGGAAAUGUGAAUGCACACUGCCACUGUCAUUGUGAUUGUUGACCUUUUCACUGUAGUCAUAUAGUGCUCCAGCUAGGCCUGCCUAAAUAUAGCGUGUAGAAUGGGGGGUGGGGGGUGCUGCCCCCUUUCCGGGACUCGGCUGCCUUUUUACUAUACACUGCCGAGGCCUUUAGGUGACGAAGCUUUGAUGUGUAUUUAAUCGAUUGCAUAUAACCUAGUUUCCUACAGUUUUGAACUAUAUUUGAUAUUUAUUGUACAUAUUGUCAUGUCAAUUUUCAGAAAUAAGUUUCAAAAUAAUAAGCAACAUUAUUUUGGCACUAAAGUAAAGAUAACAGCUAAGGUAUUCAGAACAACCUAUUAGUAUUGAAAGUUAUUUAUUACAACACAAACACACAAGGCAUUUAACAUUGACCCUUACAAGUGUCCCAUGAAGGCUCAUGCAAUGCCCAUCAGAAGUGCCCUUUCUAAGCUAGCACACUGCCAUUUUGAAAUCCUGGCUGGAGCACUGUGAGUCCUAUUACAAAACUGAAUGUUAAAUGUCCACUUGUAUAAAUUUUGUGAAAUUCUAAAGUUCAGACAGAGAAUAUUUGUUUUAUAUCACUGGGUGAUCAUUUUCUUUCUUCAUUAUCUUGAACUUGAGAGUUUUAUUUUUCGUACCAAUAAUACAGUUCUAUGUUUUUAUUAAGAAAUUGCACCCUAGCAAAACAAAUUCUCUAGCAUUAUGCAAAGUGUUCAAAUACAUUCAUUUUCAAUACUGCCCAACAAUCUCAUUUAAAUGGACAACAGAAACGAGCUGACAUCCAUUCCAUCUUGUAGUUAAAUAUCAUCUUGGUGUUCAUACUUUGCUCUUUGUUAGCGAUCAAUAUGUUCAACCAGCACGAGAAGGUUGUCAAUGAUAUAUACAAAAGGUUAUCUAUCCAUAAUAGACCCGAAUUCUAAUUGUGACAUGUACAUGUAUCUGUUCUACUACAGGUCUUUAAUGGUAAUUCAUCACCAAUAUAUAUGUGACAAUACUUAUUUUGCUUUAGUAUAUUUUGUGUAAUAUUUGCAUUCUUAGGAGUUUUGGGGCUUUAAUUAAAGGAUUUUUUUUAAUAAUCACGAUUGACUAUUUUUUAAGGAGAAAUCAAUGUUAAGAAAUGAAUUUAGCUAAUGCUUGUUCGCUUCAGAGCCUACAUGAAAUUAGGGCCAGUAUCAAAAAGAAUAAGUUGUACUGAUAAUACAGUCGAAACCCGCUGGUUCGACGCCAGGAACCGGCCAAAAUACUUAGAGCCUCGCGAAUAUCUAGCCAAGCGGGAAUGCUUCCUUAUAGUAAAAGAAUCGAAUCUCUUCAUCAAAUUCGAGCCAACGAGGAAAUCUAGCCAAGCGAUAUCGAGCCAACGGGUUUCGACUGUAAUAAUAUUGGUACUAUCUUGUGCAAAAGUUUGUUAGCAGUCAUUGCUUUGUGACAAGCUUAGGAAAGUGUGCCACGGUUUGAAUGUUUGUCCUAUAUGGAGCAUAGAUGUGUGUAACUCGCUAUCGUAUCGGAGGGUAAAUACCAGACGGUAUCAAACUGUAUUCAAAUAUAAAAGGCCUAUGUACCUGCAUUUACCUGAUGAUAUGUCGCCGUUGAUUGGAAUUAAAUUGAAGAUUAAACAAUGUCUCUUUUACAAUUGAAUAUACCAUUGGCUUUAAUACCACUAGCCAUUUCAUUAAGACCUUAAUAGGAGUUUUAUUUAUAAUAUAAUAUGUAUGUAUCGAUUUGUACUCUGUUUGAAAAAUACAUGAGAAUUAAUCCUAAGCAGCGAUUUGUUCAAGGAAGAAUUGAAAACUGAGCACUCUGAGUCCUAAUGUUGAAAUUCUCCUACAGAUGUUGAAAAGCUGUCCUAUUUAUGUAGAAAUAUCUCCUAUUAUUUUUGAAAAUCAUUUCUAUAAUUGUUCAUAAUAUCUCCAACAAUUGUUGUAAUCUCUCCUACUAUUGUUAAAAAUCAUUUCUACAACUGUUGAAAUUCUCAUAGAACUGUAGAAAAUCUCUCCUACAUGUGUUGAAAGUAUCUCCUACAACUGUUGAAAUCCCCAUAACUGUUAAAUAUCUUCUAAAUAUCUUCUAAAACUGUUGAAAAUAUCUCCUACAAGUGUUGAAAAUAAAUCUCUCCUACAACUGUUGAAACUCUCUCUUACACGUGUUGAAAAUCUCUGAAACAACUGUUGAAAAUCACUCCUACAAGUGUUGAAAAUAUCUCACAUUAGUAUUAAAAAUCUCUCCUACAACUGAUGAAAAUCUCUGAAACAACUGUUUAAAUUCUUCUAUGACAAUUUCACCUUCUAUUAUUGAAAAUCUCUCCUAGGUCGAAACUGCUUCUUCAUGCGUCUUGAUGAAAUGGAACCCAGACUUAUUUAUAAUUCUGAUAUUAUACACAUAAUUCUCUAAUGAUGAUAUAUUGAUUGGACUGACCAGUCUUGGAAGUCCUAAAUUUGAAUAAAAAUUGUAUAUUACUGCCAUAAACUGUCAAUUUUCUGUGAAGAUUGGAUUCAUCUGUAAUAAAUUAGUUGAAAUGCU